AUGCUGGUGCGGGAGCUCAGCUCCACGGGGCAAAGCGGCGGGGGUCUCGCUUUCCGCGUGGCAACCAACCGGAGGGUCUGCCGGAAAGCUGAAGGCCAGCACGUUCACCACUCCACCAGACUGGCUCUCUGUUAUGCCAGGACAGCCAGUAGAGGUGACUUCGUAUUUUCUGCUGAUCGCUUGAUCAGGCUUGUGGUUGAAGAGGGAUUAAAUCGGCUGCCAUACACAGAAUGCACAGUAACCACUCCAACAGGGUACAAAUACGAAGGAGUGAAAUUUGAAAAGGGAAACUGUGGAGUCAGCAUAAUGAGAAGUGGCGAGGCAAUGGAACAGGGCUUGCGUGAUUGCUGCAGAUCUAUACGAAUAGGGAAGAUCUUGAUCCAGAGCGACGAAGAGACCCAGAGGGCCAAAGUAUACUAUGCAAAAUUUCCACCAGACAUCUACAGGAGAAAAGUCCUCCUCAUGUACCCAAUUCUGAGCACUGGCAACACUGUGAUAGAGGCUGUAAAGGUUCUUAUAGAACACGGGGUUCAGCCAAACGUCAUAAUCCUGCUGAGUCUGUUCUCUACACCCCAUGGUGCCAAAUCAAUAAUCCAGGAAUUUCCAGAUAUCACAAUUUUAACAACAGAAGUUCAUCCAGUUGCACCUACACAUUUUGGGCAGAAGUAUUUUGGAACAGACUGAAGUACUUAACCUGUUUGUGUUUUGUUACUGUAAGAUAUUAUUAUAUCAUUUUUCUACAUUUUAUAAUUUGAAGUGGAGGUAUCUAUGGGAGUAUUUAACAUCUUUGUUUUUCUUUUUUUGUCCAGAGGUGAAAAUAGUUGACCUGCGCUAAUUUUUUAUUUAAAAGGAUAGAUACUUGAUCUUAAGUCUAGUUUUGUUUUAAUAAUGAGUUGGGGCAAUAAAGCACACCAUAGACAUCUAAUGUUGGGCAUAUUCAAAGUGCUGCCCUCUGCUUUAUUUAUUCUUUGUAGCCAGUUUGGCUGAUUGCAACGGUAAAAUAAACUAACUGUGA